AUGGCCAAGAAGUUAUCACCCUUGGUCUUUACACAGACCGUGGUCAAGUCAUUCAUGGCCCAGUCCGGUCUCGAGCCGCAAUUACUUGGUGCCAGCCGAUUUCGUGUGACCAGCGCCGCCAAAGGCAAGGUCGACUUUGAAUUGGAUAUACACAAAGACCACACUAACCGCCUCAAUACCAUCCAUGGGGGCACAUUGGCCGCGAUUGUCGACUUGGGCGGCAGUCUAGCCGUUUCAUCCCACGGAAGAUGGAAGACUGGCGUCUCUACUGACAUCAACAUCAGCUACCUAAAUCCUGGUGGUAAUCCCGGCGAUAUUCUCAAAGGCGUGGCCGUCUGCGACAAGAUCGGCAAGACGUUGGCGUACACGACGGUACACUUCUUCAACAGUAAAGGCCAGCUCGCAGCUCGAGGAAGCCACACAAAAUUCGUUGCUGGCACUGAGAAUGAGCUUGGAGAGUACGUGGUUCCUGGUGAAUUUUCCGACGUAGAUUAA